AUGUGCCAUGGCGAACAGCUUCAGGAUUUAUACACCCUCUACGUUGAUAUUGCAACCCCUGCUCAGCUUUUCGGCAUGAUCAAACUUGAAGAUUGGGCGAUAGAUAAAUUGCAUUUCAUGCUCAAGGGAUCGAGUGAAACAGUCAAAGAACUCAUCUCACUAGCUGAAAAGUGGAGUGCAAGCACAUUACUGGAGCUCAGGACUUUAUCGCGCAACACUAAGCUUGAGCGGCCUGUGCUGUCAUUCAUUCAGCGUCUUAUUUCCCUUAACCUCCAUGACGCAACCAGGUCCGACUUUCUUGGCUCUUAUACGUCCGUUGAUAUCUUCAAUAUCAUUAAAGCUUCAGACUACCAGAGCACUCAGGUGGGGGUAUCUGCAAGUAAUUCUGUUUCGUUCAUAGACCGGCUUCAGAGCUUGAUGGGCUAUCCGACAUCAAAUAACUCAGCUCCAUUUCCGAACCCGCUCAUUCUCAGUGAACCUGGUGAUGACUCUGUACUGCUCGGUUAUAUUUUCUUGAAUGUCCUAUCUCUUGGCCAUCGCUCUCGGAUUUGGUCGGGUCGGAUUAAUCGAAAAGAUAAAGCGAUACUGUAUGCCGCGCAGGUUCAAUUCGUUGACGCUUUAACGGAGUUCCAAACGUUGAAGAAAUGGGUUGUACCCGAUCCUCCACGGGAAAUAACCUCUUUAUCCACACUUUGCCCAGAAUGCAAAGAUAUCAUCAUUAAUUCAUGGAAAAGCUUUUUUGGGGAGUUCUGCCAGAAAAUGGGUUCGGGCUUGCCUUUGAAAGAUGUGAGCUUGCUUUCUCAAAUUGCCGAUUUCCACAGGAAAUCUGAGGAGGAGUAG